AUGGCAGCCAUCGAUAAUCUCGAGCAAGCCGUACGCUUGAAGGAGCUCGUUGAGAUGAACCUCGAGGCUCUCUACGCCAGUCUACCAAACACCAAGCUUUUCGUCUGUAAACGUGGCGAGUUGUAUGUUGCCGCCGUGGCCACGCCCCACACUUGCGGGCAUGGGAGUGUCCUGUUGAAAAGCAUCGAACGUUCGACCGCCGAAGGUGCUUUGGAGUCACUUCUGGAGGAGACCGCGAAAGAACUCACUAAGGAGAUGAACUUCUGA